GGCCCGCAGCUUAUCUCUCCCCGCAUCCAAACUCAAGGACCGCAUCACGCCAUUGACAUUUGGUCGCGACGCAAGCGAUCCACCCGCUAAACCUAGCUGGGAAUUCAGAUAAAUGUCACGCGUCGACUGCGCUUAAUUCAAGAUGGCGACAGAAGCGGAAUACGAGUCAAUUUUGAUCGUGAAACCAGAUGUCAACGUUUAUCGCAUUCCGCCGCGGGCUUCCAACCGCGGCCAUCGGGCUGCGGAUUGGAAGCUGGACGCCCCCGACUGGAGCGGGCGCAUGAGGAUCACGGCCAAAGGGAAAGUGGCGUUCAUCAAGCUGGAAGACAAAGUCUCAGGUGAGCUUUUUGCACAGGCACCAAUCACCGAGUAUCCAGGCAUCGCCUUGGAAACCGUCAGUGACUCAAGCCGCUACUUUGUGCUGAGAAUACAAGAUGAUAAUGAAACCAGGACUGACGACGUGUCGCCAUCUGUUCCAGGUCGCAGUGCGUUCAUCGGCGUUGGCUUUGGAGACCGGGGAGACGCGUUUGACUUCAACGUGACUCUGCAGGACCAUUUCAAAUGGGUGAAGACGGAGGAUGAGAUCAGUAAAAAUGCUCAGACCCCAGACACAGGACCCAAACUGGACCUGGGUUUCAAAGAGGGACAAACCAUCACUCUCAAUAUCGGGCAAGGUAAGAAAAGGGAUAAGCCCCGCCCACAGAGUGCAGGAGGCUUUGGACUCCUCCCACCGCCACCAGGGGGAAAGAUAGCCCCACCCCCAUCCUCUUCCUCCAAUGACAACACACCACCAUCCACAGGAGGAUCACCAACCGAUUGUUUGCUGGACUUGGAUAGCAGUAAUUCGAACACGGUGGCCCAGUCCAAUCCCAGCUCUUCUGAUCUUUGGGGGGACUUCUCCACCCCUGCGAGCGCUCUCCCUCAGUCAGCUCCAGCAUCCCAGGGCUCUUCCUCCACCAGCUGGGUUCAGUUCUGAGUCCUAUCGCCUCGUCUCCGUC